GGCCGCCAUGGAGACUUCUCGCUCCCCUUCGCCCCAGUUCGCCCCGCAGAAGCUCACAGACAGACCUCCCCUGCUGGUCCAGGACGAGAGUUCCACCAGAAUCGAGCGGGUGAUUGACAGCAAUACCACUGUGAAGAUGGUGCCCAUCAAGAUUGUGCACUCGGAGAGCCGGCCUGAGAAGGAGAGCCGCCAGGGCCUGGCCCACGCCACCGAGCUGCCCACACUGCCCAGCGGGCUGGAGAAAGACCGCAUCAAGACCCUCAGCACCUCGGAGCAGUUCUACUCCCGCUUCUGCGUGUACAGCCGCCAGGGCGCCGAGCCCCCGCCCCAGCCCCCCGAAGCCCCCGCGCCCACUGCCAAGGACAGCGGGGCCUCUCCGUCCGGGCUCAGCUACAUGAAGACCAAGGAGAGGACAGCCGAAGACCUGAAGUCAGAAGAGCUGGCCCGGGAGAUCGUGGGCAAGGAGAAGUCUCUGGCCGACAUCCUGGACCCCAGCGUGAAGAUCAGAACCACCAUGGACCUGAUGGAGGGGAUCUUCCCCAAAGACGAGCACCUGCUGGAAGAAGCCCAGCAGCGGAGGAAGCUGCUCCCCAAAGUCCCCUCUCCUGGGACCACGGACGAGAAGAGAGAGGAGCCGAGCGUGCCGGCGGCCAUGUCCCUGGCCACCAGUUCCACGUACUACAGCACUUCGGUCCCCAAGGCGGAGCUGCUGAUCAAGAUGAAGGAUCUGCAGGAGCAGCAGGAGCCCGAGGAGGAUUCGGGGAGCGACUUGGACCACGACCUGUCGGUGAAGAAGCAGGAGCUCAUCGAGAGCAUCAGUCGCAAGCUGCAAGUGCUUCGGGAAGCCCGGGAGAGCCUGCUGGAGGACAUCCGUGCCAACAGCGCACUGGGGGACGAGGUGGACGCCAUCGCCAAAGACGUGUGCAAACCCAACGAGUUUGACAAGUUCCGCAUGUUCAUUGGGGACCUGGACAAAGUGGUGAACCUUCUGCUGUCGCUGUCGGGCCGUCUGGCGAGGGUAGAAAACGCCCUCAAUAAUUUGGAUGACACUACUUCUCCUGGUGAUCGGCAAUCGCUGCUCGAGAAGCAGCGGGUCCUCAUCCAGCAGCACGAGGACGCCAAGGAACUGAAGGAGAACCUGGACCGCCGGGAGCGGAUCGUGUUCGACAUCCUGGCCAGCUACCUCAGCGAGGAGAGCCUGGCCGACUGCGAGCACUUCGUGAAGAUGAAGUCCGCCCUCAUCAUCGAGCAGCGCGAGCUGGAAGACAAGAUACACCUGGGCGAAGAGCAGCUCAAGUGUCUGUUCGACAGCCUGCAGCCCGAAAGAGGCAAAUAGGAGGGCCCUCCCUGGCGGAGGCCAGAAAGUGCCCCUCUGAGCUCGGUUCCGGAGGAUGCACGCGGAGACCCCAGCCGGUAUUUAUGUCCUGCAGCCCGAGUCGUCCCCUAGCGGGAUGGCUGCUUUAGAGAAGCAAUAACUUCCGUGUGUGUUUGCGAUGGUCUAUUUAAUGUGUUUUAGCUUCCCCGUUGAACGCUGAGCAGAACAUCUCACCAUUAGCCAUUUUGCUUUGCCAGUUACCACACGUGGCCCAGCCUCCGGAGGGUGGCGGGUUCCCGCAGUAUAGACUAUGUAGUGCAUGCAAGUGGUCCUUCUCACUGGUAGGGGUGCCCUUCCUCCCGUCUUCACAUCCUGAACCAACCACCCGGGAAGCAGCCUGAGCGAGUCUCGAAGGCGCAUGAGCGGGGAACCCCUGGCUCCCGUCUUACCCUGCGAUUCCUUACCCUGGGAAGCGUGGGCUGCCCCGUCGUACCCCAUUCGUCCGAUGGUGUGGACCCUUCCUCGUCCUUCAUUCAGUCUCCCAGCAAAACCACGAUGAUAUGAUGAGAAGUUACUAACCUUUUGGAAAGGGGAAUGGUUUCCCAGUGGUUAAAAACCCACUGUGAAAUGAACACCUUAUGUGUUGGCUUCACGCAUCCUGAAAUCGCCACAGAAAGAAUCGUGUGCAUGCUUUAAAACACGUGCACAGCACAAGGAGCUUCAGUCCUGGCGUCACGGUUCAAGUGAUCUUUUCCUGCAAAGUGAAAGUCCUCGGUCAAUAGUGUGUCCAGUAGGAGUCAUGUGCUCGCUAGAUACUUGUUUCAUGAGACCAACAGCAUAUUUCUGAAAUUACCUUCUGCCUAUAACACUUAUUUUGUGUGCGUAUGGUUGUUAGUGACAAUUGCCUACGUUUCUGUUUUUGCCUCUUUAAAUCUAUUGCCAUGCCGUAAGGGUUACUUUCCAUUUACUUGUAAGAACCUUUCCUCUCUGUGCUUUCAGAGGCCCCAUGGAGUAUUACAACUCCCAAACCCGAUCUUUUUCUGCCACAGUUUAUAGAUUCUGUCCCCUGUUUAUCAGCUGAAAUCGCAAGUUUCUCAAGAGAGUCUGCUCACUAAGAAAACACUGUCAUGCUGUCAGUUUCCAGUGGACAAGUCACAGACUGGGAGGAAAGAUGUGCUAAUCAUGUCUAUGACAAAGGAUCUAGAACGUGUGAAGAACUUUCAGAAGCAAGAGAACAAACAGCUGGUUAGUACAUGGGCAAGAAACAUAACUGGGUGCUUCAGCACAGAGGCCGUGUGCACGGGCAAUAAAAUAAGCACGUGGAAAGACAUUCAACCGCCAUCGGCUUGGUUAUAACUUCCGUUUAAUCUACGCCGAUGUAGAGCUUCUUCACAGAUGCUCAUCCGAUUAAACGCGUGGUAAAUGGCAGGACAGCCCCUUGGACGACGUCAUGUUGAAGUGAUGAUCGGACAUUUGUUUGAUCGAGGGAUCAUUUGGAUCCUCGUUUCCCCUAUUCCCAUGAAAGUUUUCCGACAGGUGGGGACACGUCCCUUUGUCCGCGGCGACGGUUGCCUUCCCAGAACACACGUGCACACAAAUGUCUUAACAGACCGCUGUCUGUACUUGAUGAGCCAGAGGGGGGGAGCUGGACCCCUGAGCCACAGCACUGACGUCUCUGCACCCCACGGGGGUCCCAAAGUGGCAAGCUUCAGUAACGCACGCAAUAAACCCUCUUUUUGGCAAUCCACUCAUGCCAGAAAGCUCUAUGCCUUUUCAGAAGUUUCCAGUCCUAUUGAAUUGAGCGAGUUCUGACUUGAAAAAAAAUCCCCAUCCUGCCAAUGACGUGUCCUCCUUUCCUCCUGCUGUAGUCCCUUCCUGUGAAAACUGGUCACUUCAGAGAAGGUGAAGUUGGCUGUCCACGGACCUCUGUCAUUCUCCUCAGGGGGACAAACACAGUAAUUUCAGCGUGUUUUGCUUUUAAUUUAGACAAAGCGUUUAUCUGUGAUCUUUCCCCUCGAAUACAGUAUUGUGAAUCAUUCUGAUGAUAUAUAUGUAAAAUGUGAGUAACAGGAGGUGUGUGUCUCUAUCCAGCCUUUUAGGUCUUUUGAGGACCUUCUCUUACACACAGCAAUAUACAGUGCUCUGUCCCCCUUGCCGCGAAGCACAUGGGGUCACUGUCCUGUACCUUCCCCUGUUUGCCUCUUCAGCGUCUAGUCAGCAGGGACCCAAAGAUUCCAGUGAGUCGAUGUACAUAUCUUUGUACAUAGCUAUGUUAUUGCAUACAACAACAAUCUGGUGCUAAUGUUUUGCCCUUGGCAUUCUUAGGUGGCGGCUGAUUCCUCCCCCUCUGUCGUAGCACAGCUGUGGAAUGCUCUGUAUGGCGAGAUUUCAGUCAGGGGUAUGGCCUGUGGCUUUUAUCCUGCAGUCCAGUGUGGAAAAUGUGUACAUACUUCAUGCUCGACCCUUACCACUUAGCUCUCAUCGUAUCGUCCUGCUUGACUUUUAACAGAAUAAAUGUGUCUUUGAGUGAAUGGA